AUGGUGGGUAUCUGCGAUUUGCACCUCCGGUUGCCUUCUGCUUCCCGAUUAAGCCAAGAUCUGCUUGUAGAAACCAUGGCAGAUAGCAGCAGGGAAAUUGACGACCAGGUGGAUUUUGAAGAUGACAACUAUGAAGAAGUCGAUGAUGAUGUUGAAGAGGAGGAAGAAGGACCUGAAGGAGGUGAUGAUGAAAUGGGAGAAGAACACGAAGAUAUUAGUGGAUAUCAUGGAAAGGACCACGAUGAAGAUAGAAAUCAAAAUCAAAAUCAAAACCAAAACCAAAACCAAAACCAAAACCAAAACGCUUCUGGACAUGUAGAUGAUGAAGAAAAAAAAUCCCCUUUCUCUAGAGAAGAUAAUAAGAAACACACCGAGCUUCUUGCUCUUCCACCCCAUGGCUCUGAGAUUUUCAUUGGUGGCCUUCCUAAGGAUGUUGUUGAGGAAGACUUGACAGAUCUUUGUGAAACCUUUGGGGAUGUUGUAGAGGUAAGAUUGGUGAAAAAUAGGGACACCAAUGAAAUUAAGGGUUUUGCUUUUGUAGCAUUCAGGACUAAAGAUGUUGCUCAAAAAGCCAUUGAAGAACUACAUAACAAAGAAUUUAAGGGUAGAACAAUAAGGUGUUCACUUUCUGAAACUAAAUACAGACUAUUUAUUGGCAAUGUCCCCAAGAGUUGGACUGAUGAUGAUUUUAGAAAAGUAAUUGAAGACACAGGUCCAGGUUCUGAAGUCAUUGAGCUCAUAAAGGAUCCUCAAAAUCCACCACGUAAUCGUGGGUUUGCUUUUGUUGAAUAUUACAACAAUGCAUGUGCUGAUUACUCAAGACAAAAGCUAGCUAGUGCUAAUUUUAAGCUUGAUGGAAACACCCCAACAGUUACAUGGGCUGACCCUAAAAGCACACCUGAUCAUUCUGCUGCUGCUCAGGUGAAGGCACUUUAUGUGAAGAACAUUCCAGAGAACACAUCAACAGAGCAUCUUAAGGAGCUAUUUCAACGCCAUGGAGAAGUCAUCAAAGUUGUUAUGCCACCUGCAAAAGCAGGUGGCAAACGUGACUUUGGUUUUGUUCAUUUUGCAGAAAGGUCAAGUGCUUUAAAAGCUGUCAAAGAUGGUGAAAAAUAUGAAGUCGAUGGUCAAUUUCUGGAAGUGGUUCUUGCAAAGCCUCAAAGUGAUAGAAAAUCUGACAAUAUUAGUCCUCAUUAUUCCGGGCCUCAUCCAAAUUACAUCCCUCAAAAUGUUUAUGGUGGCUUUUCAUCAAAUCCAUAUGGGGGGUCUGUGGGGCCCAGAUAUGGCGUUACCCCUUCUUUUCAACAGCCAAUGAUAUAUGGAAGGGGGCCAGUCCCAGGGGGUAUGCAGAUGGUUCCAAUGGUUUUACCCGAUGGUCAAAUAGGAUAUGUUCUGCAACAGCCCGGAGCACAGAUGCCAGCUGCUAGGCCGCCCCGGAGAAACGAAAGGAGCAGCAGCAAUGGCUCGGGCGGAGCAAGGCGGGGAGGUGGCGGCAGCGGUGGUGGUGGUGGUGAUGAACGUGGGCGGUAUCGGCCGUAUUAAGUGGUGGUGGUGGGAUUGUUUGAACUUGUACACAUGGGAAAGAUUUUCCAUGAAGGACUGGACACCCCCACCCUACCCUACCCCAAUCCUAAUUAUAAACAUAAAAGGAAAAAAGAAAAAAAGAAAAAAAGAAAUGAUUAGUGUAGAAGGGUGUUGGGGAGGUGUUAUUUUAUUUUAUUUUUUUU